GAGGGGGAGGAGCAGCAGCACCGAGCGAUGACGCAGGAUAGGAAUGAGGGAGUGAAUGUUCCGGGUCACAAACUGGACGGGAGAGGAAAUUAACUCCGGGACAAAACGGCAACAACAACAACAACAAGAAGAAAGAAAAAAAAAAAACAAACAAGAACCGCACAACAUAGUCGCAGAAUGCCGCUCCCUGCUCCGCGGACAUGUAGCGCGCUGUUUUUACGCCGAAAGUAGUUUUUUUUAAUUAUUAUCAUUGCGUUUUUUUUUCUCCGCUUUACCUCCAAAGCGGCGGAGGUCGAAUUGAGAAAGAACCACAGGUGCCAAACUAGCGACUACAAAGCGAGCCAGCGACGGAGUUUCGGCGUCUACUUCGCGUGUGAGUCGCGCCUGAGGACUGUCCCGCUGCAGCAAACUGUUGCAUCCCCCCCUUCUCUCUCUCUCUCUCUCCUCUUCCUCCCCCUUUUUCCUCCCCGCAGUUUAUUUAUCGCACGGAUCCGGGAUUUAUCCUCUCCUCUCCCCCCCCACCACCACCCCUCCUCUGUCCUCCCCGCGAUGUUUCACUGCAUCCCCCUGUGGCGGUGCCGCCGUCACGUCGAGACGAUCGAUAAGCGCCACUGCUCUCUGCUCUACAUCCCCGACGAGGUUUACCGCUACGGACGGAGUUUGGAGGAGCUGCUGCUGGAUGCCAACCAACUCCGAGACUUGCCCAAGCCAUUGUUCCAGCUGUUGAAACUUCGGAAACUCACCAUAAGCGACAAUGAAAUCGCGGUUCUUCCGUCAGAAAUCGGCAACUUGAGGGAGCUGGUCGAACUGGAUCUUUCUCGAAACGAUGUUCAAGAAAUCCCAGAGAGCAUUUCGUACUGCAGAGCCCUCCAAGUGGCAGAUUUCAGUGGAAAUCCAUUACUGAGGUUACCUGAAAGCUUUGCGCAGCUUCAGCAUCUAGCAUGUCUGUCCAUCAAUGAUAUUACACUGCAGAGUCUUCCGGAAAACAUUGGAAACCUGACUAAUUUGGUAUCACUUGAGCUCAGAGAAAAUUCCCUGACGUUCCUGCCAGAGUCAUUAUCACAGCUUCACAAACUUGAAAUACUUGACCUAGGGAAUAAUGACCUCUACGAUUUGCCCGAGUCCAUUGGCUGCCUUGUCAGCCUGAAGGACUUCUGGCUGGAUGGAAACAACUUGAGCAGUCUACCUGAUGAGCUGUGCCAAAUUAAAAGCCUGUUGUACCUGGAUGUAUCCGAAAACAAGCUGGAGUUUCUUCCGGAGCAGCUGGGAGGACUGACGUCUCUCACUGAUCUGCUGGUGUCACAGAACUCCCUGGAGCAUAUUCCAGAAAGCAUCGGAAAACUAAAGAAACUCGCCAUCCUGAAAGCUGACCUAAACGCCAUAACUGUUCUUCCAGAAACCAUCGGCAACUGUGAAAGUCUUGCAGAGCUCGUGCUCACAGAGAACCAGAUACAGCAUUUGCCUGCAAGCAUUGGGAAGUUAAAGCGACUGUUCAACCUAAACUGUGACAGAAACCAGCUAACAAGUUUACCCAAGCAGAUCGGAGGCUGCAGCAGUCUUAACGUCCUCUGUGUGCGAGACAACUACCUGAAGACGAUCCCGGCAGAGCUGUCGCAAGCCAGCGAGCUGCACGUGCUCGAUUUUUCCGGAAACCGCCUCUCGAACUUGCCGAUGUCACUGACCUCACUGCACCUGAAGGCCCUUUGGCUGUCAGAAAACCAGUCCAAGCCGCUCCUCACCUUUCAGCCAGACGAGGAUCCUAAGUCCGGAGAGAAGGUGCUCACCUGCGUCCUGCUGCCUCAGCAGCAAAGCGAUUCAGGCUAUGACAAUCUGACCCGCUUUGGAGCUAUGGAGAGCCUUGUGAAUGGGAUGGCUGAUGACGGUUGGGAGGGCAAAGCCACGAACAGGAUCAGCUCCAUCCACUUCCUGGAUGAGGGUGAGGAGGACGACGACGACGACGCGGGGACACUACUACGGAGGGCCACGCCUCACCCGGGCGAGCUGAAAAACAUGAAGAAAGUGGUCGAGAACCUCCGCAACGACCUGAACGCCGCCAAAGCCCUGGACUCCAACAAAAACGAGGUCAAUAACGCUGCAGAUGGUGGAGUGACCACGUCUGUCUGACCUUUACCUCAGAAGUGUUUUUAUUUUUGCCCUUCUGUGUCUCGCCAUAUCGUCCUGCACAGCCCUGCAGCCCUCUGUUGUUGUCGUCGUAGUCGCUUUUGUUUCUCUUUUACCCACAAACCCUGCCAGUUUGGCCUUCCCUCAGUGCAGGAGCCUGAACCCGUGCUCCGUCUGCAGUCCUGUGGAAAAAUCAAACCGUCUACCUGGGCCGCCGUGCCUUCCUCUUUUUAGCAAAUAUCCGCAGCAGCAACCUGCACAGAGAUGCUUCUUUUUUUUUUUUCUGACAGUAUAUUUUAAAGAGGAAUUACUUUUUUUUAAAAGAGAUCUUUAAACAGAAAUCAUUAGGUAGUUGCACUAUGAACCUUUUUAAAUGUGUUAUGUAUUUGUUUUAUCUUUUUUUUUUUUUUUUUUUUUUUUAAACACUGGGUCUUUCUACAUUUUGGGGCAAACAAAAGCCGGAGUGUUUUUGGAACCUGAUCUGAGGAUUGUUGUACAUCUAUUGUGAAUAUUGAUACUUUUAUACGUUUUGGCAGCUCUGAUGUAAAUAAAAAUGUAUAGCAAGUAUCUUUUUAAUCAGUUUAAGCUUCUCCACCUUUUUACCUUGGUACGUUUUUUUUUUUUUGCUUAAAUCAAGGUAAUGAACAAAACCGUCACUAAUGUCUUAUUUAAUCCGCUGUCUGGGUGAGCUUACUUCUGGAUGUUUAUUAGAUUAUUCAAAUUUAAAUUCGAGGACCGCACAUCAAGUUUAAAUCGCCAUCUGCAGUGUGACUACGCUGUGUGUGUGUGUGUGGAUCCUGUUUUAUUUAAAUGUGCUGUACCUUACCGGUUUGGAUUGUUUUUCUUAAUAGAUCCAACACGAAAGAAAAAACAGCUGUAUUUGUACUUUUAAAAGUUUCUUCCUUUUAAAGAGUACUGUGUAGAGGAUUUUUUUCAGAUCUUUGGGGAGAUUGAGGUGUUUUUUUUUUAAAUUACUAUAAUAAUGAUAACUCUAAAAUUGACAUUGUUCCUCUCGGAUGCACUUCUCAUUGUUGCUUCCCUUCUUCUUUUUUUUUUUUUAACGGUACUUGAUAAACUGUGUUAUUUUGUUGUUAAACUGAUAGGACCAGAGAACAAAAUGGUUCAAGUGUUUUUAUUUCUGUUUUUAAUGGCUCUCCGAUAAAAGCUGCACAGAACAGAUCUCAGACAGGCUCCAAACCAUGAGAUUUGCCAACUUCUUUUUUUUUUUUUUUUUUUUUUUUUUUUUUAAACCACUGAUCAAUAAAAAUGAGUGCAACACUAAA